AUGGCAGCAGCGCCGCCUUCCCGAUACACCCGACUAACUGUCGAAAUUGAACACUGCGUUGACUGUGAAGACCAUCUGCAUUCCACGCAUCACGAUGGACGCAAGUACGAAGAAUAUGCGAAACGAGUUCAAGAGGCAAUUUCGCAUGCAGUCAAUGAGCAGCUGGUUUUCCUGGUGAACCCGCCUCCAGAUUUGGGAAGGCGCGGCGACCUGAGGUUCCAGGAAGAUCGUUUCUGCAAUCAUUUUUAUGUCAUUCGGGAUAUCACGGGAAUGAUCGUCCGGAAAUUCCGCUAUCCCCAGAUCGGCGCCUUUGAGGUGUACCUCCACAAUCCCUUCACAAACCAAAAGCUGACGCAGUCGCCCAGUUCUUCAGCCGCCGUGGGUCCAGAUCCUGCGUCACCCUUCGGCGUGCCUCAAGAAAGCGAGGCGCUGGCGGCGCCUGCCGAAGACGCAGGAGAUGCGAAGGACGAGACAGGAAAAGACGGCGAGGGCGAGAAGUUAGAGUCCCCCGAGCCCGACUGCGUGCCUUCAAGAGAGAGAGAAGCAAAGAAAAAGAAGAAAAGCGGCGAGUCCGGGGCGGAACGGAAGAGUCACCGAGGCGGCGAAGCUGCAGCGCACGCCCCGGAAGAAAAGAAGAAGAAAAAGAAAGGGGAAAACAAGGACACAGACGCCUUGGAGGGGUUCCCCGAAAAAAGUUCAAGGGAAGGAAAGAGAGUCGACGGCGGAGACAGCGAGGGGGAGCCCCGGUCUGAACGCCCCGAGGGCGACGCAGGCAAGAAAAAGAAGAAGCAUCGAGACUCGCCGGGCGCCUCACUGCUAGCCAGCGAAGGAGAAGACGGAAAGAAAGCAAAGCGAGAAUCAGGAGAGAGCUUGGCGAAGAGUGCGUCAGAAGACGAGCGAAAGAAGAAGAGCAAGGGCGAAAAGAAGAAGAAGGACCAUGGAGAAAACGCUGAACGGUCUGCAGGGAGUGGGAACGAGGCCGUCAAGAAGAAGAAAAAGAAGAAAGGCGAUGGUUCUCUGGAGGAAUCUUUGUCGGGUAGUGGCGAUGGGUCCGACAAGAAAAAGAAGAAAAGCGCAGAGUCCUCCCAAAGGGUUUGUGCUCAGAGCAGCGGCGACGAGGUGAAGAAGGGGGAGGCAUCUGAAGACGCCAGCCGCCGAACCCACUCCAGUGACGAAAAGAAGAAAAAGAAGAAAAGCGGACACGACAGCAGCCACAGCACCUCGGAAGAGAAGAAAAAGAAGAAAAGCUGA